AUGGCGACAAAUAUCCUCUCAAGCACAAUUGUUCUUGAGGCUCUUAGAAAUGACAAUUACGAGAAUUGGAGUGCUUGCAUUAAAAACUAUUUCUUGGCACAAGAUCUUUGGGACAUUUUCGAAACAGCUACAGAACCUCCAAAACCAGAAGAAGUAGUGGAAUUCAAUGGUUGGAGGAAGAAGAAUGCUGCGGCUUUACAUGCAAUUCAAAUUUCAUGCAGAGUGGAAAUACUAUCUAAGAUCAAGGAUAUUAGUUCCGCCAAAACUGUUUGGGAUACAUUCGCUAAAUUAAUGUGUCAACCACCUAAUCCAAAUGUUGAACCAAAGAGCUCGUCAAACAAUCCUGGGUAUUCGGCACUAAAAGAGGCUUUGCAAAGUGGUGAUUGGAAAACUGCAAAGGACUUCCUUAAGCACCAUCCCAAUUCAAAGACCGCAAAAAUUACAACUUUGGGCAAGACCGCUCUUCACGUCUCUGUUGCGGCGGGACAUCUUCGUACAGUGGAAGAGUUGAUGGAGCUAUUCUCGGAAGAUGAGUUGGAAGUACAAGAUAAUAACGGUAACACUGCUCUAAUGGAGACAACAUAUCGUGGACAGUACAAAAUGGCGGAGUGCAUGCUUAGAAGAAACAAGAAGUUGAUCAGUCUCAGAUCUAAUGGGGACAGAUAUCUUCCAGUUGUUAAGGCUAUGAGAUACGGCCAUAUAAAAUUGGCUCGCUAUCUAUAUUCGCUCACUCCUCUGGAUGAUCUUGUGCCAGAAAAUGGCACUAGCGGUACAAUACCCUGUAAGGCGGCUAUAUUCAAUAAAACUUUUGGUAAGAAUGCUUUUCCUCGAUCAAACUCUACAUAA